AAUGGUGGUAGAAAACAAAGGUGAUUGGUCUGGCAGAUGGAGUCAUGUUCAGAGAUUGCUGUUGAGAAGCGGGCCUUUGGCUCAUCAAGACUUUGAACCUGGACCUCAGCUAAAAUUCUGGUUAUUGGAGCUGGAGGAUUAGGCUGUGAAUUACUGAAGGAUCUGGUGAGUAUUUGACUUUGCAAAGAAAUGCAUGUCUUAUUUCUUUUUGAAUAUGUGCUCACUCUUGCAUCUAUAUUCUAUACCUGCCAAUGUUUUUUGUUUUUUACUAGACAAGUAAUUUUUUGUAUAGGACUGGAGUGAUGAUAUUCAUGUUAUGCUAUUUGUUAUUUAAAUGAGUGCUUAGUUAGUUUCUUAUAUAAAUGCCUAAUAUUUUAUUAUUGCUUAACCCUUCAAGCCUGUUUCUUGAAUGUUCAGGUAGCUUUACAGGUGUGUAAAGCAGUACUGUUUUCAUUCCAGAUGGGAGUCUCAAAGGUUUUGAAAAUGAUACCGAAAGCUGUUGCCAGAACCUGCUUCUCCAAUCUUUAAAUUUUGAUUUUAAAAUAUGGCUUUAGGCCUGUUAAGUUUCCACAACUUUUGAAAAUCUGGCCCCUGGAGACUUGAAGGGUUAAAACAAGUUUGAAUUAAUGCUUUACAUCUUUGCUUGGCAGGCAUUGAGUGGGUUUAGGAACAUAGAUGUUAUUGAUAUGGAUACAAUAGAUGUUUCAAAUCUAAAUAGACAGUUUCUGUUCAGACCAAAAGAUAUAGGAAAACCCAAAGCUGUUGUAGCUGCAGAGUUUAUCAACAGUAGAGUGGCAGGCUGUAAUGUUACUCCACAUUUUAAAAAGAUUCAAGACUAUGAUGCAGAUUUUUAUAGAGGAUUUCACCUUAUAGUCUGUGGAUUAGAUUCCAUUGUGGCGAGGAGGUGGAUAAAUGGAAUGGUGCUUAGUCUGUUAGAGUAUGAAGAGGAUGGCACACUGGAUCAGACUAGUAUUAUUCCUAUGGUAGAUGGUGGAACAGAAGGUUUUAAAGGCAAUGCACGAGUUAUUAUACCAGGUUUAACAGCCUGUGUGGAGUGCACACUGGAUCUAUAUCCACCACAAGUUAACUUCCCUUUAUGCACCAUUGCACACACCCCUCGUAUGCCAGAACACUGUGUGGAAUAUGCAAAGGUACUAGUUUGGCCACAAGAACAUCCCUUUGGAGAGGGUGUGCCUGUUGAUGGAGAUGAUCCUGCCCAUGUUCAGUGGAUUUACGACAAAGCCAAAGAAAGAGCAGAUAGUUUUAACAUCCAGGGAGUGACAUACAGACUAACUCAAGGUGUAGUCAAGCAUAUUAUUCCUGCUGUGGCUUCUACAAAUGCUGUCAUUGCAGCUGCUUGUGCUCUUGAGGUGUUCAAGCUUGUAUCCAGCUGCUGUAACCCACUGAACAACUACAUGGUUUUUAAUGAUACUGAUGGACUGUACACAUACACUUUUGAGGCUGAAAAAAAGGAUGACUGCCCAGCUUGUAGCCAACAACCACAAGUAUUAACCUUGCCUGAAGAUGCCACCCUUAAAUCCCUGAUUGAUUUUCUGAUGGAGAGCCAGACAUAUCAGAUGAAGGCACCUGGUCUGACAACUAUUAUUGAUGGAAAAAACAAAACUUUGUACAUGCAGACAGUGAAGUCUAUUGAGGAGAGGACAAAACAGAAUCUACCUAAGAAGUUAAAAGAUAUUGGUCUGACUGAUGGACAGGAAGUGGUAGUAGCUGAUUCCACAACACCUAAACCAAUUAUUUGUAGAAUAUACUUCUCCUCUGGAAUGGAAUGAAACUUUUAUUUCAAUGUUCUGAUUAAAAGGUUUCUUACAUUGUUAUCAACUGAUGAUUUAAAAAAAAAUAAAAAAUAAAAAAAAUACAUGUAAGCCUGCCCCAAUUCAAAAUUGUCCUGUUUUAUACUACAAUUAAAAAAACAAUGCAUGUUGUAAAUUUUAUAUUAAUUUCCUUGUGUUGCAUAAAUUUUUGUAAUAUGUUUUGUUUGUAAAUAAAGUUAUUUCCUUUGUUAUGUCAGUUUAUAGAUUUUUCCACUGAUCUAAAAUGUGAAUAUCAUAUAUUUGAACUGCACAUGAAGAUGAAGAUGGAAGGGAUUAUGAACACUACUAAUUUACAGCCGUCAUGGAAAUAAAGCUUUAAAAAAAUUUAAGGCA